UUACUGAGGCUGUUAAAUAGUCGGGCAACAUUGAUAAGAACUACCAAUAAAUGAAACAGUUUUAUUAUUCUAUUUAUUACAAUAUCGAAUCGUUCAUAAGUGCAUGCGAGAUUAGAGAGUAAAUUUGUAGUAUAAUAAACCGUGUGGUGUCUGGUCUUAACUAUAAACGGCAAAGAAAUUCACCGCCAUGGGUAGCAAUCAUACCGAAUACGUAGAAGACCCUUUUGGAGACCUUGAUGAAGAAUAUUUAAAAUAUUUUGACAGAGAACCUGUAUAUUUGGCACUGAGCUAUGUAGUGCUGGUAACAAGCAUAGUGAAGAUUAUUUUGUGUUUGUGCGUGAUUGUUGUAGAUAUCUUACUGAUAUACGUUAUAACCAAAUUUAAGAGACUUCAAUCAACGGUGAACGGUUACAUAAAACACUACGCUAUAUUCAAUAUAUUAUAUCUUGCGGCUAGUUCCUUAGUAUACAUCACUUCUACCUAUUUCUGUUUAGGGUUCCAAAUUGAUUAUGCAAGUCUGCUGUUCAGUUUCCUGUUCGCGUUUGCUCUUGGUCUCGAUUGGCUGGUGAUGACCUUCAAACCCGAGUUAGGACUGAAAAUUAAAAACGGUUACAAGCACCUCACCCUCUCAAUAUACAUUUUAGGCUGUGUAAAGUUCUUAGUGGGGUCCGGUUUAUGUUUUACUGUACAUUCCAGUUUCCAUGUCGCAGAGAGUACUACCUUAACAGUAAUUUAUAUUUCAAUUCUACUGUUCCUUUUAGUGCUGGACUGUUUGAAUUUCAGACACAGAAGCUCGAUAAGACCUACGAAAACAGUGUACUCGUUGACCGUAGCUAAUAUUAUCGUACUAUUUUGGUUGCCAAUGUUUGUUUACCGUAUCUGGCACAAAAUACAAACUUACGAGGAAGUUACCGAGUUGAUAUUUUGGUAUACAGAGUUCAUCCCAGAAUUGAUUAGCUCUAGUAUUUCUAUCGUUAUUCUCGUGGUAUUAGUGAGGGCGAAUAAAAAUUUUAGGAUGGCGUUCGCGAAAAUAUUUAAAAGAUCCGUUAGGCAUUACAGCAACGAAGGUGAAAAUUUAGACGAGUCCGAUGACGAGACUACUUAUCCUCGAGUUGAUUCAAACGUGUUUUAUCACAAUGCAACCACGUGUGUUAAAAUUUGAUUAUUUUGCUGAUGUCGAUAGGAAAUAUGUUGUAUACGCUUUUCCUUUAACAAUUUAAAUUAAGUCUAUUUAAUAAAAUUUUGU